CAGGGCCCGGCUGGGGCAGAGGAGCUGCGAAGGCCUGCACUUAACCACUUCUGGAAAGCCUGCCUCCGGCCCUGGGACCUCACAGGGGCACCACAUGGUCCUUGUCUCCGUGCAGGAGGUGACGUCCAUGUGCUGGUGCUGCCAGCCUGGGGAGUGGUGGCCAGAAACAGGCGGGUGCAGGGGCCCCGGCACCGGGUGCACUGACCCCGGUGGCCCAGCUGACGGCAUGACAGGCCACGCAGUGUGCUGGGGGCCCCUCUGUGCUGCUAAGAUCUCCAGGGCCCUCUGUUCUCCACUUGAGAAGUGGGAGUGAUGGUCGCACCACCUGCUCCGGGUGGGAGGACAGUGAGAGGCCAGGGGAAAGCUGCAUCUGCCAGACUCCCAGCCCUCCAGACCUGCGCCCCUGCUGAGAGGACCACAGGGUCCCUCCCAGGUGGAGGCUCAAGGGUGGAACCACCCAGCCGGCUGAGAAGGGAGCCAGUACCAAAUGAGGAGGAAAGGACGAGGUCACCGCGCUGCAGCGAGGCACCCUUCCUCCCCGAGUGGCACCAAGCACUGCCCCACGCGGGAGACCCUGACCUACGCGCAGGCCCAGAGGAUGGUGGAGAUUGAGAUCGAGGGGCGCCUGCACAGGAUCAGCAUCUCUGACCCCCUGGAGGUCAUCCUGGAGGACGACCUCACGGCGCAGGAGCUGAGCGAGUGCAACAGCAACAAGGAGAACAGCGAGCGGCCGCCCGCCUGCCUGCGCGCCAAGCGCCACAAGAGCAGCAGGGUCAGGAGGAAGAGCGAAGCCCCGCCUGGCGCCCACGGCACGCCGGCCUCGGCCUGCGCGCUGCCGGAGCCCCGGGUGCGCGUACUGGACUACAGCCCCCCGUCCGCGCCCAGGAGGCCACCUGCCUACUACAAGUUCGUGGAGAAGUCGGCCGAGGAGCUGGACGACGAGGUGGAGUACGACAUGGACGAGGAGGACUACGCCUGGCUGGAGAUCGUCAACGAGAGGCGGCGGGGCGACUGCAUGGCCGCCGUGUCGCAGAGCGUCUUUGAGUUCCUGAUGGACCGCUUCGAGAAGGCUUCGCACUGCGAGAAGCAGAAGCAGGGCGGGCAGCAGUGCCUGAUUGACGAGGACGCCGUGUGCUGUGUGUGCAUGGAUGGCGAGUGCCAGAACAGCAACGCCAUCCUCUUCUGCGACAUGUGCAACCUGGCUGUGCACCAGGAGUGCUACGGGGUGCCCUACAUCCCUGAGGGCCAGUGGCUCUGCCGCCACUGCCUGCAGUCCCGGGCCCGGCCCGCCGACUGCGUGCUGUGCCCCAACAAGGGCGGCGCCUUCAAGAAGACGGACGACGACCGCUGGGGCCACGUGGUGUGCGCCCUGUGGAUCCCUGAGGUGGGCUUCGCCAACACGGUGUUCAUCGAGCCCAUCGACGGCGUGCGGAACAUCCCGGCCGCGCGCUGGAAGCUGACGUGCUACCUCUGCAAGCAGAAGGGUGUGGGCGCCUGCAUCCAGUGCCACAAGGCCAACUGCUACACCGCCUUCCACGUGACCUGCGCCCAGAGGGCCGGCCUCUACAUGAAGAUGGAGCCCGUGAGGGAGCUGGCGGGCGGCGCCGCCACCUUCUCCGUCAGGAAGACCGCCUACUGUGAUGCGCACACGCCCCCGGGCUGCACCCGCCGGCCUCUGAACAUUUACGGGGAUGUUGAGACAAAAAACGGGGUCUGUCGGAAGGAGGGCUCGCUGAAAACGGUCAGGUCCACGUCCAAGGUCAGGAAGAAAGCGAAAAAGGCCAAGAAGGCGCUUCGGGAGCCGUGCGCGGCCUUGCCGCCCGUGUGCGCACCCUACAUCCCCCCGCAGAGAUUAAAUAGGAUUGCGAAUCAGGUGGCGAUUCAGCGGAAGAAGCAGUUUGUUGAGCGAGCGCACAGCUACUGGCUCCUCAAAAGGCUGUCUAGGAACGGCGCCCCCCUGCUGCGGAGACUCCAGUCCAGCCUGCAGUCCCACAGGAGCAGCCAGCAGAGGGAGAACGACGAGGAGAUUCAAGCCGCCAAGGAGAAGCUCAAGUACUGGCAGCGGCUGCGGCACGACCUGGAGCGCGCGCGCCUGCUCAUCGAGCUCCUGCGCAAGCGCGAGAAGCUCAAGCGGGAGCAGGUGAAGGUGGAGCAGAUGGCCCUGGAGCUGCGGCUGACCCCGCUUACGGUGCUGCUGCGCUCUGUGCUGGACCAGCUGCAGGAGAAGGACCCUGCCCGGAUAUUCGCCCAGCCUGUGAGCCUGAAGGAGGUGCCAGACUACCUGGACCACAUUGAACGCCCCAUGGACUUCGCCACAAUGAGGAAGCGGCUGGAGGCACAGGGGUACGGGACCCUGCGGGAGCUGGAGGAGGACUUUGAUCUCAUCGUGGACAACUGCAUGAAGUACAACGCCAAGGACACAGUGUUCUACCGGGCCGCCGUGCGGCUGCGGGACCAGGGCGGCGUGGUGCUCAGGCAGGCCAGGCGCCAGGUGGACAGCGUUGGCUUCGAGGAGGCCUCGGGAAUGCACCUUCCCGAGCGGCCUGCUGCAGCCCCCCGGCGACCUUUCUCCUGGGAUGAGGUGGACAGGUUGCUGAACCCGGCCAACAGGGCCCACAUGGUCCUGGAGGAGCAGCUGAGGGAGCUGCUGGACACGCUGGACCUCACAUGCUCCAUGAAGUCCAGUGGGUCGCGGAGCAAGCGGGCCAAGCUGCUCAAGAAAGAAAUUGCUCUCCUUCGACACAAGCUGAGCCAGCAGCAUAGCCAGCCCCUGCCCGCCGAGUCAGGUACUGGCCGCUUGGAAGAGGACGGUGCUCAGCUGGGGCAGGAGACGGGGGAGGAAGGAGAUAAAUCUCCCCCUAAACUUGAACCAUCAGAUGCAUUACCUCUUCCUUCAAACUCGGAGACUAAUUCAGAACCACCAACCCUCAAACCAGUAGAACUCAACCCAGAGCAGAGUAAACUAUUCAAAAGAGUCACAUUUGAUAAUGCACCACUUAGCACUUGCACUCAGAGCGCCCUGGUAAUCGGACACCCUCCAGAGCCCUCCCUCGCCAGUAGUGGCGAUGCGCCGGCGGCGGCCUCCGCGGUGGCGGAGCCAUCAAGCGAUGUAAACAGACGCACUUCUGUUCUCUUCUGCAAAUCGAAAAGUGUAAGCCCCCCAAAGUCUGCCAAGAACACUGAAACCCAGCCAACUUCUCCUCAGCUAGGGACCAAAACCUUUUUGUCUGUAGUCCUUCCGAGGUUGGAGACUCUUCUGCAGCCAAGAAAAAGGUCGCGAAGCACCUGCGGCGACUCCGAGGUGGAGGAGGGGUCCCCGGGAAAGCGCCUGGACACAGGUCUCACCAAUGGCUUUGGGGGUGCGAGGAGCGAGCAGGAGCUGGGCAGCGCCCCGGGGAGGAAGGCCGCGCCCCGCCGCCGCUGCGCCUCCGAGUCCAGCAUCUCCAGCAGCAGCCCGCUCUGCGACUCCAGUUUCAGCGCACCCAGGUGUGGCCGAGGCAAGCCCGCCCUGGUCCGCAGGCACACGCUGGAGGACCGCAGCCAGCUGAUAUCCUGCAUUGAGAACGGGAACUACGCCAAGGCGGCCAGGAUCGCGGCUGAAGUCGGUCAGAACAGCAUGUGGAUUUCAACCGACGCGGCAGCCUCCGUUCUCGAGCCCCUGAAGGUCGUGUGGGCCAAGUGCAGCGGCUACCCCUCCUACCCGGCCCUGAUCAUUGACCCCAAGAUGCCACGUGUGCCCGGCCACCACAACGGGGUCACCAUCCCAGCCCCGCCACUGGACGUGCUGAAGAUAGGUGAGCACAUGCAGACCAAGGCUGACGAGAAGCUCUUCCUUGUCCUCUUUUUCGACAACAAGAGAAGCUGGCAGUGGCUCCCCAAGUCCAAGAUGGUCCCCCUGGGCGUGGACGAGACGAUCGACAAGUUGAAGAUGAUGGAGGGGAGGAACUCCAGCAUCCGCAAGGCUGUGCGCGUUGCCUUCGACCGCGCCAUGACCCACCUGAGCCGUGUGCACGGCGAGCCGGCCAGCGACCUCAGCGACGUGGACUGAGCGCCUGUGCGUGGAGUCCGCGCGCUGUACAUGCUGUACAUGCUUCACCACUUAACUUAUUCUGAGUUUUAGGGUUGGUUUAAUCCUUUCCCGGGGAGGGGAGGCUUCACUUGCCGUUUUCUACGACACCGUCCCGCCGGGCGCGGUGGGUGGCGCGGGUGCGCCCUCGGGGGAGCUGUGCCCGCGGGUCGCAGUGGAGGACGUGCUUGUGCCACUUUCUUUGAUCUGUAGCUUUUUUUUUAAAAAGACUUUUGAAUGUUUAAUAAUUUUGUAAAUCAUAGCCUUUUCACAGAGUACCACUUAUUUAAUGAGACGGGAUGUAAAUUUACAAUGACAAAUGCGUAUUUUAAGAAAGAAAACGACAUUAUUUUGAAUGGUACUUUGUGGAAAGAGGUGGAGGAUAAAUUUAUGCUUGUGCAUCACCUGCAAAUCACCAAAAACACUCCGCCGCCCCCAGGAGGCCCCCCGCCAGCCUCCCACGGGUGUGGCUCCCAGCGGAUUAUUUAUUGUAGAAAGUGUAUUCAUUUGCUUUAUAAGGAGAAAUAAACUUGCAGAAGUAUAUUGCUAUGCAUUUUUAUACAGGCACAUACAAAUCCAACUUGCUUUGGGAGCAGGAUGUGUUGUUUGUUGUGUAAAUGACUCUGGCUGUGUGUUCUUUGAUUUUGUAACUUGUAAUCUUUUGUUUACAAUGCGGGGCUUUCUGUAACUUGUUUUAAUUUAGGACACUUUGGUAGCAAUAGAAACUUUGGAUACAUUUUUGUAUGGUACAUGUGAUGUAUAUAGAAUUAGUACUUUAUUUUUAUUUUUAAGAGGUAAAGCAUUAUGUUACGGGAAAAGGUAGGGUGGGUUUCCAAAAUUGCCUUUUUUAUAUUAAAAAAUAAAGUCAAGAUUUGGACUGUG